GAGCGCCGCCCCCUGGAGGGGAAGGAGGGGUGGCGGGCCUGGGGGGUGCCCAGCUGCCGUCCCCGCCGCCUCCUGGCCCCCACUCGCUGGCGCCCAAGUGGGAGGACGGCAGCUGCCCGCUCCCUCCUCCCGACACCCCCGCUACCUGCCCAGUCCCCGAAGCGAAGCGUGAGGAGGCUGCGAGCCAGCAGGGCCGAGCCCACAACUUUGCAGCCUCGAGGAGGGCGAGAGCCGGCGUCCAAGGCUCCUCUUGUCUGCGACCAGAGCUUGGAAUGUAAUCGAGGAUGCUCGCCCUGAGGCUGCUCAACGUGGUGGCCCCCGCCUACUUCCUGUGCAUCUCUCUGGUGACCUUCGUGCUGCAGCUCUUCCUCUUCCUGCCCAGCAUGCGUGAGGAACCCGCGGCUGCCAGGCUCUUCUCGCCCGCUCUACUCCAUGGGGCACUCUUCCUGUUCCUCUCAACCAACGCCCUGGGCAAUUACGUCCUGGUCAUCCAGAAUUCCCCGGACGACCUGGAUGCCUGCCAGGGGACUGCAGCCAGGAGAGCCCCGUGCCCCCCGCCCAGCACCCACUUCUGCCGAGUGUGCGCCAGAGUCACCCUGAGGCACGACCAUCAUUGUUUCUUCACGGGGAAUUGCAUCGGGAGCAGGAACAUGCGCAACUUCGUCUUGUUCUGCCUCUACACCUCUCUGGCUUGCCUCUACUCCAUGGUGGCUGGCGUGGCCUACAUCUCCGCAGUCCUUUCCAUCUCCUUCGCCCAUCCCCUGGCCUUCCUCACACUCCUUCCCACCUCCAUCAGCCAGUUCUUCUCCGGAGCUGUCCUCGGUUCUGAAAUGUUCGUCAUCCUCAUGCUCUACCUCUGGUUUGCCAUUGGCCUGGCCUGCGCUGGCUUCUGCUGCCAUCAGCUGCUGUUGAUCCUCCGGGGGCAGACACGCCACCAGGUGCGGAAGGGGGUGGCGGUGAGGGCCCGGCCCUGGCGCAAGAACUUACAGGAGGUCUUCGGGAAGAGAUGGCUGUUGGGCCUGCUGGUCCCCAUGUUCAAUGUCGGAAGUGAGAGCUCCAAGCAGCGGGACAAGUAGCAGGCACUCUCAUCAUUUCUCUCCGUGUGUAUCUUGACUCCUUGUGAACAUAAGACUACGGAAUCUUUGUCUCCACCCAUGACCCACUACAACUUUAGACUGGUAAGGCCCUAGCAACCAUCUCUGGUCUGUAACAUAUAGAGAACAGUGUUGGCUGAUGGAUCAUGACAAGGAGGAAAAAUGGCCACCCAGGCAUUGCUAGGCUCCCCGUGAGCCAGCCAGGUGGCUCCUGACUGUUCUGAGGCCUCUGCUCUUGUCUCUUUCCCUGGGGGUGUGUGCCUGGUUUGUCCAUUCUCUACUGAGUUUUAUGUCAUCACUGCUAUCUGCUAGAACUUUUCCUUGCAGCCCCAUGCUAGGAGUGGGGAGUGGAUUCUUACUGCCAAUAUGAUGCUCCCCAGAACCUGGAGGUUGGCAAAAAUGUUUAAAAUUACCAUGUGUGAGAGGCAGCCAACUCAGCUCUGCCAACUGCUACCAAGGUUGGAAAAGGAGGGGUGUGUGUCCUCAUCCCCUCUGUGGAAUAGUGGACAGUGGAAGGAAAAAAGAACUCAGUAGCUUGCUGCCCAUCCCCCAGAUUGCAAGGCACUUCUCUGGUAGACAGGAGCCAAUGGCCUGGGAUUUCCAGCUGCUGUCCCCUCUCUAUCCCAGGGCCUGGGUGGAUGCUUCCUUUCCCUGGCACUCUUUCAGCCUUUCCCAUUGGGCUCCAGCCUCUGGGUCUUUGCUAGAUGCUGGGAAGGCAAGGAAGAAGGGAGAAGUAAAGGGAAUACUGAUAAACCAGAGAAGUAUGUGACUACAUAACUGUAUAGAAGGGUCCACACCACACACUUGUGUGUGUGUGGGGGGGAGGGAGAGGGAGAGGUGGCUAGGAGUGUUGUUAUGAAAAUCGAGAAAGAAUGGGAGGAGAGAGAAUCACACAGGUGUUGGGCACUUGGAUAUUUGGGGGAUGAGAAUGAGAGGGGUAAAUGAGUUCAUUUCUGAAGGACAGUCUAGCAGCUAAAGCUGUUCGUUGUUUGAAUGAUUGCCUGGGGAGGUAGUGAGUACCUCACAACUGGAGGUAUUCCAGAAAAGAAUAGUCAGUCAUCUGGCAGGCAUGCUGUGGAAAAAAAAUUCUGCACAGGGCUAGGGAAAGGAAGAUCCUUUCCCACCCCAAGAUUCCAGUGUCCUCUUCAUGACUGCCAGAUCCAGAGGCAAGAUCUGUGGAGAUGCCUGUGAGCUACUUGCUUUCAUGGAGGAGGGGGUGAACAUGGAGGGUUCUGAAAAUCAUGAUGCAAAGUUUUAGGGCCCCACCCAACCACCAGGGAGACAGUCUCUUGAGAGAUAGGACUCCUAGGUACUAGUGCUAGUUGAGGGGGUUGGCAUUUGAGGACAGGAAGGUGGAGUGUUGUCAGGGGCAGCUGGAUCAGUGGUGGGGACAGCAAAGCUGGAGGGUCAUGCUCAACUCUGAGGAGUGAGAUUGGGAGAACUGAGGCUCAGGAAUGGGGAUAUCAGAAUAUAGGGAUGCAACUGAGAGACCAGACCUGACUGUCUCUGGAUGAGGGCACUGCUGUGUGUUCUGGGACCGAGAAGACCAGCCUCCUGGGCCAUAUGAGGGAGUGGGGACAACACAAGUGCCCCCUCUUGACUGAGCCUCAAGGCCAGUUUGCCAUCCAGGCAGGUGGGGAGCUGAAGCCCACACUCUGCAGUGUUCAGCUGGUGGCCACAGUGACCCAACCAUUGCCGCAUAACACCUUGAGUUCUUGAGCAGAGCUUGGGAGGACUUUAUCUUGGUUCUGCCUUCAUGCCCCCUGGAGAACUAAUGUAGUAAUGGUACCACCUGCUCAUACUUCUAUCUCUUAUAUUAAUUCAUUCAUGCAGCCUACAUGUAUUCACUGAACACCAACUAUCUGCCAAGUCUCUGCCAGGAACUGGUAUACAGUGGUGCACAGUUGAUGAGAUCUCUGCUAUCAGUAGCAACUUGUCCCUGUCCCCAUGCACUGACUCCCACCUCCUGAAAAGUGGUCACUCUGCCAUCUUGUUGGUCAGCAGGGCAGGACACUUGGAGGGGAAGGAUGUGGCAGAGAGGAUUGAAGGGGUCCCAGUCUUCCUGGAUGGAUGGGUCAUUGGGGGACAUCCUCACCCUCAGUUCUGGCCACACUUAAACAGUGGGAGUGGAAGAAAUGAGAGGAGAGGCCCUGAGCAAUCCAGGCCUUGGGUCUCUCCCAACCCCAAAGCUCAAGCAUGGAAGCCAGCUCUGCCAUUCUUGGCUUCCUGGAGGCUCAGCACUGUGAAGGAAUAAAGGGAGAUGUGUAGGGGAUCAUCUUCUGGCUGAUUGGUCAGUAGGGGGUGAUGGUGGGGAGGUUGCCAGGUGUGGGACUUGAGUAACAUUUGUAUACAUGGCCCUGUAUUGUCAAUGAAAAACAUCAAUAAAAUAUGUGGUUUUAAACUGGA